UUUGCUGGUUCAGCCUGCUUCUUCUCCUCCCCCCGGACUGGAGUCUUGACGGUUCAAGUUCUCCCCCUCCGCCUUCCGGUGUCAUCCAUGCUUGGUUCUCCAAGUCAGGUUCCACGCCGUGGUGUUCACCGGAUUUGAGCUCCACGGAACACCUCUCCCCGCACCAACUACUCCCUUCCGGCCGGCAUUGCAGUAAAUCCUACGCUUUUGUUUGCUGCUUAGCCCUUUCUGCAUGUUCAUUUUGCAUCUUUUGUUUCAGUCCUAAUGCUGGGCUCAACGGUUCUGCCACUGCUCUUAGACAAAGGAAACCUUCAGGCCUUUCUGCAGUGAGAAGCUACAGGUUCAUCUCUUGUUAAGGCAGGUAACUUGAUGGGCAGGUUCAGAGUAAAGUUGUAAACCAAAAUUGGUGUGGAGGAAGACUUGAUGUGCUUUCAUGAUCCAUGUUUUUCCGCUUACAAGACAUUAACAGGCGGCGAGAUGAGCAACUCCUGUGAGUGCUGCAAGAGAUACUGGACUCAUUUGCAUGGCAAGGUCAAGUGUUUCUUCACGCACAUGGACAGAAACUCUGGGCAUAGCAUGGUCAUGCCAGAGAGCUUUGUCAACUGUUUCGCGUGGAAGCUGUCAGGCACCAUUGAGCUAGAAGCCCCCAAUGGUAAUGUGUAUGAUGUUAGAAUUACUGAGCGUAGGAACAAAACAUUACUCAGAUCUGGGUGGGGGGCGUUUGUCGACGCCAAUCAUAUAGUAGAGAGCGACUCGUUGAUGUUUCGACACCGUGGAAACUGUCGCUUCAAGGUUGUGGUCUUUGAUUCUAGUGGUUGUGAGAAAGUGGUGUCCUGUGCUCGCAGACAGGGUAAUACCAAUGAUCAAGCACCAAGCACAAAUUCUACAGACAUUUUGACCAGUUUCACUGAUGGUAAUACUCAUUCGUCAGCACGAGGACGAUCAGAUGAUUACUGUAGAAAACGAGCAAAGAAAGAUGCAAUAGCUUAUCCUUCGGAGGGUUCGUCAGAAGAUAGUCCUUAUGAGCAUCAGUCAUCUGAGUCCGAUGAUCAGAUGCUCCCAACGCCUGUUUAUGUGUUAUCAGGGAAGUGCUAUGUAACGGAUGAAGAUGAGGCCAGUAUAAUUGCACUUGCCCAGGAAAUUCAACCUGAAAUGCCUCUGCUUGUGGUUAUGAUGACGAAACCCAGUGUGAAACCAUAUCCUGAUCUGGUAAUUCCCAAGGAUUACGCACUCGCACACUUUCCACGCAAAAACCAGACUAUCAAACUACAGCUGCCUGACCAGAGCAAGAAAUGGUACUGUGAGUUCCGUGUCAAAUCUGAUGGAGGUCAUUUCAAUCUAAAAGAGUGUGGCUUUGCCCGUGACAAUCAUUUACUGGAGGGAGAUAUGUGCGUCUUUCAUCCCAUGAUGAAUCGUAAGGGUAGAACAUUCAAAGUCAUGGUCCAUCUGCUUUGCAAAGCAAGCAUUGAUCAUACCUCCAGUAAAAAUGGUUUGACAAGCAAAAAGAAUGUUCCAACAUUGUGUAUUAAGGAGGAUACAAAUGAAGGAGAAGAAAUCCCUUCUUUGGGACAUGAAGAACAUGGAAUCAAUGAUGAAGAACCCUACAUGAUGCCAAGGGGUACCUGUCUAACGCGACUGCAGAAGAAGAAAGUUUUGGGGAAAGUUGAAGCCAUCGGAUCAGAUCUACACAUCUACAUUGCAGUCAUGACCAGGAGCAGUAUCCUCGUCUCCCUAUCUUUUGCCAUAAAGUACUCUGCCACGUACCUUCGGGAGGGGAGCGGAAGUUUGGUGCUUCAGGUGGAGGGGAAGAGCCAGGUAUGGCAUGACGAGAUGCGCGAAAAGGGGGGUGCCAUGAGGAUACGUGCAGGCUGGACUUCUUUUGCCAGCGACAACAACCUGCGGGAGGGGGACAUCUGCCUCUUCGAGCUGAUGAAAAACGAGGGGGGACCGAAGAAGAUGAUGGUCUAUAUCAUUCGCCGUGAGCUUUGCUAGUUUCACGCUCUUGGCAAGAGGCAGAGAGGUCUCUGCUCUUUGUGCUGGUAUUUUGUAAGUUGCUGAUGGGGCUCUUCGCUGCUUUUGUGAUCUGGAAGUAGAACUAUGGGCAUGGCCACUCUCUCGAAUGAGCAACAAACUAUAUCUGUAUGGCAAACUAGUAACUUAGUUUUAAGCAGGUUGUGAUUUUUUACUUCAGUGUCAGCCUUAUUUUGUGGCAUGAAGUUUAAACUGGUUGUGCUGACGAAGUUUGUAUGAGGAAGCCACUUAAUUGUUUGUAUCCUCUGAGUAAA